CGUCGGACUGUGAGGUUUCUCCGAGUUUUGGCAUACAGCAGCCGCCUCAUACCAGGACCGUAGGACGGUAUAGGUAGCCUGACCCUCUAGGCUGUUCAUUAAUACCGUGUGUCUUUUAUCUGGAUGGAUAUAUCAUCUGUCCUGGCUGUCUGAGGGGCUGUAAGGCCGCUGCAGAGGACUCUUCUGGGGGUAGACUGGAGUAAAGCUGCCUCUGAAGCUCCUCUCCUCCUCCUCCUCUCAGCUAACAUGUCAGCUUUCUCUGAAUCGGCUUUAGAGAAGAAACUAUCAGAGCUCAGUAACUCUCAGCAGAGUGUUCAGACUCUGUCCCUAUGGCUCAUACAUCACAGAAAACACUCGAAGACCAUUGUCAAUGUUUGGUUCAACGAACUCAAGAAAGCUCAGGUAUCUCGCAAGCUGACCUUCCUUUACCUGGCCAAUGACGUCAUUCAGAACAGCAAGAAGAAAGGACCAGAAUUCACCCAGGACUUUGCUCCUGUCAUCGUUGAUGCAUUCAAACACGUAUACAGAGAUGGUGAGGAAGGUUGUAAGAAGCAGUUGGGUCGGGUUUUGUCCAUCUGGCAGGAGCGAGCGGUGUAUGAGAACAACCUUCUGGAUCAGCUUUCACAAGUCCUGGACGGAGAAAAGAAGGGAAAGAAGAGGUCAUAUGAGGCCAUCCAAGCAGAUGAUGAUGAUUUUGCUUCUCAGAGCUCACCAGCUGAGCCCCCACAGACAGCGGACUUAAUCCGAGCUCUGCAGGAGCUUGAAAAUGCUGCCUCCAGCGACUCAGUGCUACGUCAGCGCAUCUCCUCUCUUCCUGCUGAAGUGCAAGACACAUCACUGCUUCACAGGAUCACAGAUAAGGAAUCAGGAGAGCGGCUCUCACGCCUGGUCGAGGAUGCCUGCAUGCUGCUAGCGGACUACAGUGGCCGCCUGGCUGCGGAGAUAGACGAUCGGAGGCAGCUGACACGGACACUGACGGUGUUCCUGCAGAGCCAGAAGGAUGGCCUGGCCCAGAACGAACAGAAACUCGAAGAGUACAAACGCAAGCUGGCGAGGGUGACUCAGGUUCGAAAGGAGCUGCGUUCGCGUCUGAAUAAUCUACCAGGAGGACUUUACAACUCUUCAAACUGACCGAGGUUUCCUCUCCUGACCGACAGAAACACUUUGACCCGAUCAGUCCUCUGUUCUUUAUUUUCAGAGUCUGUCCCUGUGUGCUGACCCGUGAAUUGUGUUCUGUUUUCAGUGGAUUAUUUAUUCACAUGGCUUUUAUUAACAUUUUUUUCUGUCAUUGAGUUCAUCUCUUUGUGCUGUUGGUCACUAGUCUGUUAUAAAUGAUGAUUUAUAAUAACCAGACACAGGCCCCUCUAACAUUUACAGCUUUAAAGUUGUAUGGAUGCUGCUGGUGGGAUAUUUUUUUAUUAAUAGUGAUUUAAGAUCAUGUACCAGAAUGUACCCCUUUAGUGCGAUCAUCUCUGACUCUUUACAGUGUUCUGGACUUCUGUCAUAACACUAUUUUACCAUUUCUGCAGGUGUGACUCCUAAUCAUAGGUGACUGCAGUAUCUGAGUUGGAUUUCUGUUUUUGUGCAGCGUGAUAAAGAUGUCAGAGAAAGAUGUAGUUAUUCAGGAGCUUAAUAGUGAGCCAUUAUGCUUCAGAUCAAAAUAUGUCAUUAUCACUAUUUGGGAGUAAACAUUUGAUUGGUGUAAAUAUUCAAAUUUGCAUGUAAAUAGUUGGGAUUUUACUUUCAAGUGCUCAUGACUUGUAUCCAUGUCAACAUGGCUUGCCAAAUGGUCCUUCAGACAGCUACAGAGGUUAAUCUGUACAGAGUUGUUCUGUUUACUGUAUCAUACUGUGUCAUUCUUUUAUGUUAACGUCUACUGAAUGCUUUGCAGAUUGCUCAGACAGCUUGAUAGAUGCCUCAGUUUUCAAAGACCGACUUGAGCUGUUUGUUUUUGUACAUGUUCAGACUUUUCUUCUUAGAAGCAAAUAAACAGAUGAAGUACAAACCUGACAGUCCUGU